AAUACUGCAUGGAUAGUAGUUUUCUUCUAUAUCAUGCAAGUGUUCAAAAAUCUAUUGCCUUGAUUGAUAAGGCUGAACACAUUGCUCUUAUCUUUUAUUCACUGGGGAAACCCACCAAACUUGGGAGAGGGGAAGGAAAUCAUGCAUCUCAAUUUAUCUCACUUACAGGAAGUAUGCAAAAAUAUGAGACUCCUUCAGCAGACUACUACUUGUGACUUUUCUCUCUUUUUAAUAUAUGCAAUGGCUGGAGAUAUAGUCUAUGCUGAUAUCAAACAUUCAUCUUCAGAACAUUCAUCUUCACAUCAGAGAUCUGAUUCUCACCACCAUGGAAUUUUCCUGAAAGUUGAAUGUGCAAUGAUUAUCAUCCUUCUUGUAAUAGUAAUUGUGCUGAGCAUUCUUGUUAUCCAGUUCAAAUCUGCAAGACAUACUAAAAAUAAUGAAUCAAAAGAGAAAUACUGUACUGGGCAAAAUAAAUCUGAAACAAGCACUUCAAUAGUUUCUUUCAACUCUUCUACUGCUAGUAAAUCAUGCCCCUCUGAAGACUGGAAGCUACAUGGGGGGAAAUGUUACUGGGUUGCUGAAAGUGAGAAAUCUUGGAAUGAAAGUAAAAAUGACUGUGUCAUGAAAAAUUCACAUCUCAUGGUGAUCCGAGACAUCAUUGAUAUGACUUUCCUAUGGCAGAACCUCCAUGCUUCAGCCUCUUAUUGGGUUGGUUUGAGGAUCCCUCCUGGAGAGGAAUUAUGGACCUGGGUGGACAAUAGCACUUUUGACCCCCAGCUGUUUUCAAAGAAAGAAAAUAAGCCACGGACCAGGAGUAUGAAAUGUGUCCUGGUGUCUUAUAUUGAGAUAGCUGAAGAAAGUUGUGAGAGACUUCAUCAGUGGAUUUGUCAACUGUAAUCCACUCGGCAGAAAAUUGGUCUCUAUUUGUCUGACUGAGAGACACCACAUGAAGCUUGAGCUCAGAUCAUAAGAAAGUUCAGAGGGUUGCCUGUGUCCUAGAGGGGUGUGUGUGUGUGUGUGUGUGUGUGUGUGUGUGUGUGUGUGUGUAUGUGUCCAUUUAUGAUUCAUGUGGGUAUAGUACUAUUUCUCAGAAGUGUGGAAAGGGCAAUAGAGAAAAUAAAAUGUUUUAGAAAAUGAGUAGAUAUGAUGAAUAGAUUUUUGCACGUGAAUGAUCAAUGUAGUUAUUCAAUCAUCCGUCUCGUUUUGCCAGUAUUUUUGGAACUUCAGUCUUUAUCUUUUCUGCAUCUUCCCUCUAUGAUAUCCUUAGCUAAUCACCUACGUUCUCAUGAUUUCAACUACCACAUACAAUGCAAUGCUAUCAAAGUUAUAUCUCUAGCCCAGAUCAUUCCCUGAUCACUAGACCUGUAUACUGUCCUGCCUGUUUAACACAGCAAAUCUACAAUCCCAAAGGUACUCCGAACUCAACAUAUAAAAAUAAUUCAUUAAAUUUCAUCAUAAAAGGAACCAUCUUCCAGCACUCCAUAUCUCAAUAAAGGGUAUGCCAUACAAGACAAUUAUGCCAUCUAUAAACCAGCUGUGGUCUUGUUAUUACCCUCUCUCACACAUACACCUCUAGGCUGCUAUCCCCUUUCCAUCUCAUAUCACCAAGUUUUAUUUAUUUUUUUAUUAAAUCUCUCUGAAACUUGUCCUCCUCUCUCCAUCACCCCUUUCAUGAUUUU